GAUUUCUACCUGGAUAUUGGACCUAGUCGCUCCAACAAACCUACCAAUAAUACCUGUAAAGAUCGUGGGGUAUUUAGACCAAAAGGUUAUGAAAGUAAAAGAGGCAGGGGACGGGGCGGCACUCAGGGGGUUCCCAGAUUUUUCAGUAAUGAACACAGACAAGACAAGGAACGAUCAGAACGGGUAAACCUGCCUCUACAGAAGAUACAUAUGACAUCCGAGAACCGGCUGCAAGUGAAGGAACUUCUCAAGGAACUACAGAGUCAGGAGUACAACACCACAGUCAGUGGCUCAGACUAUGAGGCCGAAGAAGAAAAGGAGGAGGAGGAGGAGUAUGAUGAGCUGGACCAUCGUGAGGAAGGUCAGUUCUGGAUUACUCAUGAUGAAGGAGUAGAGUGUGCAGAAGAAAACAUCUGUGAUGAAGAUGACGAAGGAGCAACACUGGUUAAACCAGAACCUGUUGUUUCGCUGUUUGCAUUAGGCACUCUCUGCAGGUAUGGUUUUGACCGUGAGCGUAGCAGAAGAGCCUUGGAUGCUGGGGAGGCAAGUGGGCGUGGUGAUGUUGGAGCAACUCUUGAACUCCUUCUAUCUCAGAUGUUUACCGAGCGCUUUGGCUCAGAUGCUCUCGGCCCUCAGGUGCCCAACCCUCCUUCACAAAAGGAAUGUGUGGCCCUUCGCCAGGAAGAGGCUCUUGCUUUAAAUGCCAUCUACGGGGACCGCUUCUGCGAAAGAAUCACUGAUAGCGUAUGGACCGUCGAGCUGGAUCUCAUGUGGAUGGAUAGUAUCCAUAGCCGGAUUUCAGAUUCAAAAACCAGAGGAAAGCAGUCUGGGUCUUCAUCCUCACAGGUGUGUAGAUUCUACCUGAGAGGAUCGUGUCGUUUUGGAAGCCGCUGCAAAUUUAAACACCAAAACAAGUCUAGCCAAUACACAGACCCCAGUGGUCCAAGCCAGCCUGGUUUUAGCAGUAUGGAUCCCCCCGUUUACCUGCUGGAGGUUCGUUUUCCGUCAGGAAGCUGCUACCCCUUCCAGCCACCACUAGCUGCCUUCAGUACCACAGAUGAAAAAAUCUCUGCAGCAGGACGCCUUAAUGUAACAGAGUAUUUAUUUAGCCAAGCGCUUUCUGCAGCAGAUCAAAGUGAACCAGUGGUCUACACUCUUAUUUCCUGCCUUGAGGAAGACGGACAAAUCAGAGAGCUCCUUUCAUCUUCUCAUCACAAAUACAGUGCUCCGCCUCCUGUUCUGGCUCCACCCACUUCUACAGCAACAAGGAGUCGCAGUAAUAAAAGCACCACAGCCAACAUAACACCAAACAGCACAACGACCCAACCAACUAACACCCAGUCUUACAGUCACAGCCCUACAGUCAAUCAUAAGGAAGCUGAUCUCAACACAGAGGACGUAGAAGAGGAGGAUGGGGAAUAUAAUGAAGAGAGUGUUCCCAUUGAGAAUGAAAGUUAUGUGAAUUUUAGGAAAAAAAUGGAGAGAAAAACCGAGAUUAGAGUUGAGGAGGCACUGCUGGAGAACGCAAAGCUUUGUAAACAGUUCAGGAGAAAACAGUCAUCUAGACGCUACGGCUCCAUGCAGCAGCAGAGGCAAAAGCUACCUGUGUGGGAGGAGAGACAGAACAUUCUAGAGGCUUUAGAGAAGAAUCAAGUUUUGGUGAUUAGCGGAAUGACCGGGUGUGGAAAGACCACUCAGAUCCCUCAGUAUAUCCUGGAUCAGUCUCUGAGAGGGCAAGGGGUUGGGGUAGUCAACAUCAUAUGCACUCAGCCUCGCCGCAUCUCAGCCAUUUCCGUAGCAACUAGGGUCUCUCAAGAACGAGCCGAGACUCUGGGUCAUUCCACUGGAUACCAGAUUCGCUUGGAGACUGUCAGGUCCAAUAGCACAAGGCUGCUGUUUUGCACCACCGGUGUAUUGUUGCGGAGGUUGGCAGGUGAUGCUCAGCUCACGGGAGUCACGCACGUUAUCGUAGACGAGGUUCAUGAGCGCACAGAGGAGAGUGACUUCCUGUUGCUGGUCUUAAAGGAUCUGAUACUACAGAGGCUGGAUCUGAAGAUCAUUCUGAUGAGUGCUACUUUAAAUGCUGAUCUCUUCUCCCAGUAUUUUCACAACUGUCCUACCAUUCAUAUACCAGGUCGUACAUUCCCAGUGGAGCAAUUUUUCCUUGAGGAUGCCAUAGCAAUGACGAGGUAUGUGAUAGAGGAUGGCAGCCCAUACCGGCGCUCAGCGAAGCAGAAUGGCCCGUCUAAUCAAAAGGCUGCAAAAGCACGUCCAGCUGUUGAGGAAUUAGAUGACGACAGCUGGUCAUUCGGCUCCUUUGUGAAUAAAGGUGCAGUUAAAGAUUCCAUUCCUGACCAGCAACUCGGUGUACAAGAGCUCACACUCCGAUAUCCAAAGUGCUCCAAAUCUGUGGUGAAAACCCUGGCUGCACUGGACCUAGACAAAAUAAACAUGGAUCUCGUGGAGAGUCUGCUGGAGUGGAUUGUAGACGGAGACCACAAACACCCUCCAGGGGCUGUUCUGGUCUUCAUGCCUGGAUUAGCAGAAAUAAAGCAGUUGUAUGAACAGCUGCAAUCCAACAGAAUAUUCAACAAUAGAAGAUCGAAAAGGUGUGUGGUGUAUCCACUUCACUCCUCUCUGUCCAAUGAGGAGCAACAGGCAGUGUUUAAACGCCCAGCCGAGGGUGUGACCAAAAUCAUCAUCUCUACUAACAUUGCAGAGACAUCAGUAACUAUUGAUGAUGUAGUGUAUGUCAUCGACUCUGGCAGAAUGAAGGAAAAAAGGUAUGAUGCCAGUCGCAGUAUGGAGAGUCUGGAGGAUGUGUGGGUGUCUCGUGCCAACUCUCUGCAGAGAAAAGGUAGAGCUGGCCGUGUGGCCUCUGGCGUCUGUUUUCAUCUGUUUACCAGCCAUCGUUUCACCCAUCACCUGAGCCAGCAGCAGCUCCCUGAGAUCCAGAGAGUACCACUGGAGCAGCUCUGCCUUAGGAUUAAGGUGUUGGAGGUGUUCUCUGAAUGUCUGCUGGACUCUGUGUUUUCUCGGCUCAUAGAGCCUCCGGCAAAAGGCACCCUUGAUACAGCUAAGCAAAGGCUCUGUGCUCUUGGAGCUCUGACUGAGGCCGAGAGUCUCACUCCGCUUGGGUGGCAUCUGGCCUGCCUUCCAGUAGAUGUACGCAUUGGCAAGCUGAUGCUGCUGGGGGCCAUCUUCCGGUGCCUAGACCCAGCCCUUACUAUUGCAGCCAGUCUAGCCUUUAAAAGCCCAUUUGUCUCGCCAUGGGAUAAAAGAGAGGAGGCCAAUGAAAGAAAAUUUAGUUUUUCUCUUGCCAACAGUGACCAUCUUGCUCUGCUUCAGGCGUACAAGGGCUGGUGUUCUGCAGCCCAAAAUGGCCAACAGGCUGGCUAUCGGUACUGCAGAGAGAACUUCUUGUCUAUCCGGGGUCUGCAGGAGAUAGCAUGCCUCAAGAGGCAGUUUGCGGAGCUCCUGUCUGACAUUGGCUUUGUAAAGGAUGGAUUGAAGGUAAGAGACAUAGAACGAAUGAGCUCCAACGGAACAGAUGGAGUGCUGAAGGCUACAGGAUAUGAGGCAAACCUAAACUCUGAUAACACAAAAAUGAUGUCGGCUUUGUUGUGUGCAGCCCUCUAUCCCAAUGUAGUCCAGGUUCGAUCUCCACAGGGGAAAUAUAAGCUGACUAGUAAAGGAGCUGUUAAAAUGCAGCCUAAAGCUGAGGAGCUUCACUUCUUCACUAAAAAUGAAAAAGCGGUUCACAUCCACCCUUCAUCUGUCAACUUUACGGUGCGACACUAUGACAGUCCAUAUCUGGUCUAUCACGAGAAGGUGAAAACCAGUCGUGUGUUUAUCCGAGAUUGCAGCAUGGUGUCUGUGUAUCCCAUGGUGCUGUUCGGUGGGGGGCAGGUCAAUGUGGAGCUGCAGCGUGGCGAGUUUAUCAUCUCUCUGGAUGAUGGCUGGAUUCGAUUUUCCGCCGCCUCACAUGAGGUUGCUGAGUUGCUGAAGGAGCUGCGGUGGGAACUAGAUCAGCUCCUAGAAGAGAAGAUCAAGAACCCAAGCAUGGACCUGAUCACCUGCCCUCGAGGCUCCCGCAUCAUUCACACCAUUGUUUCUCUCAUCUCCACCCAGUAACACACACCCUAGAUGUCUUUCUUUUCACCACUGUGUUGAUUUCACAGUAUAUAACAGUUUAUUAUUACAUCGAUUUGCCAACACUGCACUUAUGUAUAAUUUGCCAUUAUUUGAAUACUGUAACAACUAAUGCAAUUUAGAAAAAUCAGUUUUUAAAAUGAUUCUUCUAGAUUGUGUUUUUUCAGAUAAUAAAUACCUGCAUAUAA